CUGUUUACUGUGCAGUUCUUUCCAUCCAAUUGUGCGAUACCGACGUGCGCAUGCUCCCAAAAUUAGUGGCAAACAGCAGAGUGAGAAAGGUGAGGUAAUGUGUAGGUAAUCUUGGCCAUGUUAGGAGCGGACGGAUGCUUUUACUUCACAACUAACUUAGCUUGACCCACGAUCGUCUGAAUUAUCGACAGUUUGUGACCCUUAAAACCCCAAGCUGAUUACUUACUGUGCGAUCCCUCUAAUCCGCUGAUGCUUCUGCGCAGUAGUUAGCUCGUGCAGUUUGUUCACAUCCGCGCUAGUGGGUGGUGGCAAAACGUCAUGGUGGGUUGCGUCCGAAUCUUAAUUGUACCCUUAAGGCCGCCAAACCGAUACCUUCCCAAGCUCCCACUCAUCCACCGCCCAGUUAACUCCAAUCACCAACCCACAAGAACAACUUAAAUAGCACAGAUCAACAUUUGGGAAAGCAACUCCCUUGCAGCCAUACCCGCCUGCCUUCCCUGUCCUUUCUCAAGUAUCCACACAUCAAUAUCUUGCGGUCCAUUUCCGGCGCAUUAUCAGCGUCUUCGGCAUUAUCGACAAAAAGAAAACAAAACAACCCAAGAAGAAAUACUAGCUAGCUCUAGGUCGGUCGGCACUGCAACAAUCUCGACUCGACGUGCAUCCCGAGUCGUCAUCCUAUCUACCAUACCAAGCUACCCAUCAAACCCAACUAGCUCUAUCUACUGUAACUUCACAGCUUCGACAGCCGUGAAACUCUGUGGAUUCCACUGUCGUAUCCGCCUUCAAGAGUGAGUUGAGCCACUGCUGUACAGUAGGAAAUUGGACAAACGCAUCUGUUGUUGCGCUAGGCCGAUCGAAGCUGAAAGUCCCCAGCAGCCCACAUCCAUCAGAAAAAUAACAACACGCCAUCCCGGACAGACGUCCCAACUAGAGACGAACCAAGACUAUCAACCGCCACAAUGAUGGAAGACGUUGUCCGAACGGUCCUCAGGCUCCUCGAGAUCCUCUGGACCCUCCUCACCACGGCCCUGAUUGGAAAUGUCAUCGCCCUCAACAUUAACGCGGCCGGAUCGGCCUCGUCCGCCGUCAACUAUACCAUGUUCACGUGUGUCGUGGCCUGGAUCGCGGCCCUCUACGGUCUGGUCACUAACUACGUCGACAACAUCCUGGUCCCCAUCGUGUCGUUUGCACUCGAUGGAGCCGCUACUCUCUUCACGUUUAUCGCCGCCGUCGUUCUCUCAGCCAAGUUGCGCGUGACCAACUGCGGCGGCCGUCUGGACUCCAGGGACCUCGGCUCCGACUGGAUCGGCUUCGGCAGCGCCGACAACCAGAAGCGCUGCCGCGAGAUCCAGGCCUCGGCCGUCUUCCUCUGGUUCCUGCUCGCCUGCUUCGUCACCAGCCUCUUCUUCACCUUCAGGAGUUCGAAGCGCACCGGCAAGUCGGUCCUCAGCGGACCUAGCAGUAUGUCGCAGGUUCGCGGGGUUUAGGUCCACUCGGAACCACGCGACCAUGUCGGGGAGUCGAUGGAACUCUCCCUAGACGUAAAGUGAGGCAGUCUGGCCUUUUCAUAUCUUUCAAUCACCUAUAUUUUGCGAUGGGUGACUAAAAGGGUCUCGGGCUUUGCGCGUUGCGACAUAUACCCUUUAUGGCCUCAGUAUGACUUUUCGGCCUUCGUCGCCUGGGCAACCGAGUGAAAGGACUGGAUACUGGAUUACCUUUGUUUCUGACGUAAUUAUGAUUUAAUGUAUGUUCUUGUGCUUUUGUGUAUAGGUGGAGAUAGUUAUAUAUGAACUCUUGCAAAGAAUGGGCCAGUCAACCAGUACCUGCGCUCCACUUGAGCCGAGAGACAAUUCGACUCUUCGAGCCUUUGAACCCUGGCCAGUCUCAAAUCUGCGUCUUGUCAG